AGCGACGGGCCGGAGCCGCCGACAUGUUUGGCCGGUCGCGUAGCUGGGUGGGCGGGGGCCAUGGCAAGUCUUCCCGCAACAUCCACUCCUUGGACCACCUCAAGUAUCUGUACCAUGUUUUGACCAAAAACACCACAGUCACAGAACAGAACCGGAACCUGCUAGUGGAGACCAUCCGUUCCAUCACCGAGAUCCUGAUUUGGGGAGAUCAGAAUGACAGCUCUGUGUUUGACUUCUUCCUGGAGAAGAACAUGUUUGUUUUCUUCUUGAACAUCCUGCGGCAGAAAUCGGGCCGCUAUGUAUGCGUUCAACUGUUGCAGACCCUGAACAUCCUCUUUGAGAAUAUCAGUCACGAGACCUCACUUUAUUAUUUGCUCUCUAAUAACUAUGUAAAUUCUAUCAUUGUCCAUAAGUUUGACUUUUCCGAUGAAGAGAUUAUGGCGUAUUAUAUAUCAUUCCUGAAAACACUUUCAUUAAAACUCAACAACCACACUGUCCAUUUUUUUUACAACGAGCACACUAAUGAUUUUGCCCUGUACACAGAAGCCAUCAAAUUUUUUAAUCACCCUGAAAGCAUGGUUAGAAUUGCUGUAAGAACCAUCACUUUGAAUGUCUACAAAGUGGAUAACCAGGCCAUGCUACACUAUAUCAGAGAUAAAACUGCUGUCCCCUACUUCUCUAAUUUGGUCUGGUUCAUCGGGAGCCACGUGAUCGAGCUUGAUAACUGUGUGCAGACUGAUGAGGAACACCGGAAUAGGGGGAAACUGAGUGACCUGGUGGCUGAGCACUUGGACCACCUGCACUAUCUUAAUGACAUCCUGAUCAUCAACUGUGAGUUCCUCAAUGACGUGCUCACGGACCACCUGCUCAACAGACUCUUUCUGCCCCUCUACGUGUACUCACUGGAGAACCAGGACAAGGGAGGAGAACGGCCAAAAAUCAGCCUGCCAGUUUCGCUUUAUCUCCUGUCGCAGGUCUUCCUAAUUAUACAUCAUGCACCCCUGGUGAACUCGUUAGCUGAAGUCAUUCUGAAUGGUGAUCUGUGUGAGAUGUACGCUAAGACUGAACAGGAUAUUCAGAGAAGUUGUGCCAAGCCCAGCGUUCGAUGCUUUAUUAAACCCACCGAGACACUCGAGCGGUCCCUUGAGAUGAACAAGCACAAGGGCAAGCGGCGGGUGCAAAAGAGACCCAACUACAAAAACGUUGGGGAGGAGGAAGAUGAGGAGAAAGGGCCCACUGAGGAUGCCCAAGAUGAUGCCGAGAAGGCUAAAGGUACAGAGGGUGGUUCAAAAGGCAUCAAGACGAGUGGGGAGAGUGAAGAGAUAGAGAUGGUGAUCAUGGAGCGCAGCAAGCUCCCAGAGUUGGCCAGCACCUCCAUGCAGGAGCAGAACACCACAGAUGAGGAGAAGAGCGCCGCCACAGGCUUGGGAAGUGUGCAGUGGAGCAGGCCCUUCCUGGACAUGGUGUACCAUGCCCUGGAUAGCCCAGACGAUGAUUACCAUGCGCUCUUCGUGCUCUGCCUCCUCUAUGCCAUGUCUCACAACAAAGGCAUGGAUCCUGAAAAACUGGAGCGAAUCCAGCUCCCAGGGCCCAAUGCGACUGAGAAGACCAUCUACAACCACCUCCUGGCCGAAAGACUCAUCAGGAUCAUGAACAGCGCUGCCCAGCCAGAUGGGAAGAUCCGGUUGACGACCCUGGAGCUGAGCUGCCUGCUCCUAAAGCAGCAAGUCAUGACCAGCACGGGCUGCAUCAUAAAGGAUGUGCACCUGGCCUGUCUGGAGGGUGCAAGAGAAGAAAGCGUCCAUCUUCUACGGCACUUUUAUAAGGGAGAAGAAAUUUUUCUGGACAUGUUUGAAGAUGAAUACAGGAGCAUGACAAUGAAGCCCAUGAACGUGGAAUAUCUCAUGAUGGACGUCUCCAUCCUGCUGCCCCCCACGGGCACGCCACUGACGGGCAUUGACUUUGUGAAGCGGCUUCCAUGUGGUGACGUGGAGAGGACCCGGCGGGCCAUCCGGGUGUUCUUUAUGCUCCGUUCCCUAUCCCUGCAACUACGAGGGGAGCCAGAGACCCAGUUGCCACUGACGCGGGAGGAAGAUCUGAUAAAAACCGAUGAUGUCCUAGAUCUCAACAACAGCGACCUGAUUGCCUGCACGGUGAUCACCAAGGAUGGCGGCAUGGUCCAGCGAUUCCUGGCUGUCGAUAUUUAUCAGAUGAGUCUGGUGGAACCCGACGUGUCCAGGCUUGGCUGGGGAGUGGUCAAGUUCGCGGGCCUCCUGCAGGACAUGCAGGUGACUGGUGUAGAAGACGACAGCCGUGCCCUGAAUAUCACCAUCCACAAGCCUGCAUCCAGCCCCCACUCCAAGCCCUUCCCCAUCCUCCAAGCCACCUUUGUCUUCUCAGACCACAUCCGCUGCAUCAUCGCCAAGCAGCGCCUGGCCAAGGGCCGCAUCCAGGCGAGGCGCAUGAAGAUGCAGAGGAUAGCUGCCCUCCUGGACCUUCCGAUCCAGCCGACCACUGAAGUCCUAGGAUUUGGACUCGGCUCCUCCUCUUCCUCCCAGCACCUGCCUUUCCGAUUCUACGACCAAUGCCGCCGAGGCAGCAGUGACCCCACAGUGCAGCGCUCUGUAUUUGCAUCCGUGGACAAGGUGCCAGGCUUCGCCGUCGCCCAGUGCAUAAACCAGCACAGUUCAUCUUCUCUGUCCUCGCCGUCGCCAUCUGCCAAUGGGAGCCCCAGUGGCAGUGGGAGCACCAGCCACUGUGACUUGGGAGGAACCAGUUCAUCGUCCACCUCCUCUGUCGCCCAGAGCCCAUCAGAUGACCCCGCGACUAUAGAACAGCCUCAGCCUAACCUUCCCGGCCAGUUGGUGAUCGUCAGUGAAAUGGAAGCAGACGCCAGGUCCUGCAAGAGCCUGGCAAAGAGCGUGGACACGGAGACAGUCAGCCUGCCCCCCAGCCUCACCCCAACCCAGCAGCCCACCAUCUCCCUGCUCUGUGAGGAUACUGCUGACACGCUGAGCGUGGAGUCGCUGACCCUCAUCCCACCUGUGGACCCCCACAGCCUCCGUACCCUCACAGGUAUCCCCCCGCCACCCACAUUAGCCACAGAGAGUGCAGUGACCCCAGGUGAGGAGGUUGCGCAUCCAGAGGCAGCGGACCCCACCAAGCACUAAGUCCCCACUAAGCAGCCUCCCUCUGUUCGUGUGGCCCCGCUGGUAGAGACCCAGUGCCACUGACUCCAAGGACACAUUGGGAGCAUCGCAAUGACCAUCUUCACUACCGACCUUGUGCUCCUUGACUCCGUUUGAAUUCCUUUCACUUCACACUUCUUUGAGAGCAGCUGGGAUUGGUGGAGACACCCCAGCAAACCCAGAGGGCUGAAGCCACACCUCGAGGAGGUAGGGUUCCUGGUCUGCAAGCCCCGCAGCCCGGGUGGCAGGACCCACCAGCACCACCCCCUUCAUCAGCCAGCCCUCCCAGGCUCACAGCUCCUCCGUACCAUCCCCAGCGUGCAUGGAAGAAGCACACAAGGUCACUGUAGGUAGAAAUUUGUAGAAAAGUGAACUUCGAUAAACAUCUCCUUUGGGUAUUUA